CAAAUUAAGACACCUCCCGUAAGCGGACCCGUAACUCUUGGACCGGAAGGUGUUCGCUUACGGAAGGUUUGACUGUAUAUUGGAAUUGCAUUACAUUGUGUCGACAUCCAACUCCUGUAUAUCGCAAGGUUGAUUAUAAAUUUACUUAAAUAACGUGAAAAGCCUUUUGCGCAUGUAAUAAAGAAACGUAUUUAAUUGAAACAGGUGUUGAAUGACUCAUCAUUGCGUGGCAGGAUCAUCAACCUUGGUAUAAACUGCCCUGCUGGUCAUCGUUACACUAAAGGUUGUUUGUUAUUCAAACUGGAGGGAACUUUAUCAUGUAAGUUGACGUGAAAUCGCAUUUUUUUUUUCCGUUUUAAGCUUAACCCCAUAAUAUCGCCGAUGCUACAGUUGAUUUCGAGUCCGAUAUAAUUAUUUGAAAAUAAUAAGCUAUUGCAACUAUCUCGUAAUUCAAUCAAGCCAGAAUCUAGCUUUUUGGAGGCUGGCAAUUCUUUUCUUCGCUUUUAUUUGAGUCUUCGAUUCUUUAUAUAAGAAAGUAUUUAUUACAGUUAUCCUGUUUUACGACAGGUUCUUUACAGUCUACCACAGUUCCUACAGCAUCUCUUUCAUCUGCCAGAAAACCAGCAUCUCUGAUGUCUAGAGCAACACUGGGUUCUACACGAACAUUAAAGUCUACAGCAAAACCGGGGUCUAGAAAAGUACUUGCCUUUUAACUGUUGGUUUCAUUAUCUGCUCAUUCAAUGAUAGACCAAACUUUUUACUCUCAAAUAUUACCCUAAAUAAUGAAAGGUAUAUAGUUCCAAACAGAAUUUGACUUAAGAAUUACUGUAUAAGGGCUAUGGGGGAUACCGAUGCCACCCACCUGCUUCUAUUAUUCAAAGAUCCCCAGCCAUGCUAUAUCCCAUAACAUAUGUACACCGUUAUGUAGAGCUUAUGACGCGCUAUUUAUUUAAGGGGAGGGGGGGGGGGGUGGGGGUGGGUAGAGUGGAGUUCAAUCUUCCACCACAACUCUCUGAUUGUAUGUUCAAGGGUGAGUUAGUUACUUUACGACGGCAUUUGCAUAAAGUUUUAUGCAUCAUACUAAAUUGUCAGAAAGCAUAACACAAUUCAAGUUGUUUUUCCUGUCUUGAUUUGUUGACCCUUUAUUCUAGACGACCCCAGCAAAGCCAAACCCAGGAUUAAUAAAAGACAAGCAAAAGCAUGGUGAUGCCAACUCGUCCUCUUCACUGGGUCUCAUAGCAGGAGUGUCUGCUUCUAUAGCAACUAUUGUGAUUGUAAUUGCAGUUGUCGUACUGUACCGACGCCGGAAAUCUAGGUAAACGUUUAGUACUAGCGGUUAUUGUCAAGGUAAUGAUGACUAGGGCUUGGUUCUAAACGACCGAUUAGCGCUAACAAUAUUAAUGACAGGGUUAAAAUCUUAAUCCAUAACUUCAUUUUAUUUCCCUUGGAUUGUCUUUGGGUUAUUACAACUGAAUUUAACAUCGUUUAAUGAACCAGGCCCAGCUAAAGCCUUAUUUAAAUAACACGAUGAAAAUAAACAAAAUGCAUGGUACAAGAACACACUGUGUUAAGUAUUUGACGCUAGCUGAUGCUUGUUGGUAUACAAAUUUACAAUUAACAAAAAGAACCGACGAGGAAAGGAAAGUGAGAGAGAUGAACCAGGUACCAAAGAUUUGACCACGGCGAGAAACCCUAAUGAGCUACGAGGCCAGUCGAGAAUGGGUCGUGGGAAUCUAGUUAUUAAAGUAGUAGCAAUAGUGGAAAUAUACUGUGUGGACAACUUUUGUGUGCUGCGUAACAUAAACAAUCUUGUGAAGUGACAAAAUGUGAAUUGCUCACAUUGUGCGCUGGAUAAGUGAUUCUGUUUACCUGUGUUUAUACAGAGAUGGUGCUCAUGAAAGUACUUCUGAGGAAUUCAAAAAGGUACCUUUUUUUACAUUAUGUAGUAUAGACUGGAAAAUUGACUCCGUUUUUUGUCAUUAUCUAGAAAAAUGUCUACUUUUGUCAAAAGGUUUAUGAAAGAGACGGUAGAUCAGAAAAUUUUCCUAUAAGUAUAGCAAUUCUGACUAAUAAGUUGUAUUUCUUAAGGGAUGUUCUGCUCUAUCCUUUCCGCAUACGUUGUUAAAUCAGAAGGCAAGUAAGGAGAUGUUGGCUGCUUACCACUUACAAAAAGUUUCCGGAAAAUUUGGUCGGAAAAAAACUGGAACACGACUUUUCAGGACAAUUCUGGUAGACGGGUAGUCUGAAAAGGUGGUCCUGUUUUCCCGGUGGAAAUGUUCCAAACGCAAAUUCGUGUUCCAUUUCUUCAAAAUCAUCUUUGAUACCAUUUUCAGACUUUCGCGGCCGUAUUUCGGUAAAUGUAACUGAUAAGUGCAAAUGGCAAAAGCAAUUCCGAGACGAAAUUUACCAGUCUUGAUUUUUGCUUACCAUCAGUCCAAACCAAGAGCCGACCGGUUUGCCCAAGUAAAUGGUAAACAACCGUUAUUUUUAUUUGUUCUUCCCUAGAAUGGAAACUCAGAGCAAAACGUAGCAUUUCAGCCGGACGCUCAAAAUGAUUACCUGCCAAACAGGAUGAAAGAGCCACGUACGUAACAAAAGCUUAAAAAAUGUACUACAAAAAUAACCUUUAGUUAUUAGCAUUUGUUAGCGAGUAAAAGAUGCAGGUUGAUAAAACAGAUGUAUGGAACAGGCGUAACCUUUUGCGUGUUUUUGAUAGAAAGCUGCGACGGAUUUUUAAAGACAAAAGGUAGGGUAACAAUAGUCCUUUGUACUGCCAACUCAAAUCGCGGAAAACUGUGUGAAGUAAAUAUCGCAAUUAAUAUUCCAUGCCAUGGUAUUCGAAUUCCAGUAUUUUAAAAUCUAUUGUCAAAUUGCUAGGGCUUCAAUCAACCAACCACAGGCCAAAAGCCAUUCGGCUGACAAAACGUGCCAGUUCUACGUCUAAAAUGACAUCUGCCAUGGUUGGAGAAAAAUCUGACUGUCUUGUAAUGCGAGGAAGGAGGCCUUUCAGAAAUAAAUCUCAUAUUCCCUUUCAUCAUCGGUACAUUCCAUAGUUUACCCAGAAAGUUGUACUCAACUUACAUGUACUUUGACUUCUGGGCUAAACCAAUCUGUUUUUGACUGUUGCCAUUAUUUCACAAUAAAUUUAAAUUUACAGGCAAUUCUCAAAUCGGGGAAGUCUAUGCUGCUCUUGAUGUCCCUGAGGGACACAAUAUUUAUGGUGCAGGAAAUGUUGAUGAGCCAUUCUACAACUUUCUGCAAGAUCCUGCCCAGGACAAGGAAGAAGGACAACGUUACAGCUGCCUUUCGUUAGACCCAGCAAUGUACCAGACCUUGGAAAAACUACAGGUCGAGGACCAAAGAAAUGCUGAGUAUAGCUGCCCUACAGAACCAAUGUACAAUGUCUUGGAAGGGCCAACCCCUGGAGUCAGAAAUGAAACUGAGAGUUGUGGAGCCAUUUCUGUGAAUGAACCAUUCUACAACACUGUGGAGAAACCCGUCUCCAACGAGGGUCUCUCAAGCAGUAACAAUGACCCUGUCUACAACACUUUGGAGGAUCCUCUUUAUCUUGGUUUUGGCUGUGGUGGACAAAAUGGUCCCACUGGCUUGCAAGACCUGGUGUAUAACGUUCUGGAGGGUCCUGGCGCCGACGUCGUGGAGUGUUAA